GGAGCUGGAAAAACCUCCUGACCACUCACUCCUCCUCCGCCCCGAUCACCCUCGCCGUCAGUCGGCUGCUCGCUCGUGGUCUGUCGGUGUGCGUGUGUGUAUGUGUGUGUGUAUGCAUGAGUGUGUUUAUGUGUGUCUCCGUUAGCUAGCUGUUAGCCUUCAUCACAUCCAGGAAAGCAACACAGGCGAACAUGGCGGACACAGUCAGGGACCCUCCACCCGAGACCACCGACUUCCAGGAGCUGGAGGACGGGGAGGACCUGUUCCCGGAGCCGUCCAGCACACCGGAGUCACAACCAGCCAGUUUACCUGCAGAAGACAUCAGCACCAACUCCAAUGGACCCAAGCAGGACCUGCUUUUUGACGAUGAUCCCGAGGAUCUGUUUGCAGAGGCCACAGAGGAGGUGUCCCUGGACAGUCCGGAGAGAGACGUGCUGCUGUCAGACGGCCCUUCGCCCGCCAUCACCCCCAUCACCCCCCCCACCUCCAUCAUCACGCCCCGCCUCGGCCACGCCCACGACGACAUGUUCACACACUCCUCGUUCGACGAGAUCGAAGAGGAGGAAGGGGGCGAUUCUUUUGACAUCAACAUAUCUGUUUCUGACCCCGAGAAAGUGGGCGAUGGGAUGAAUGCAUACAUGGCGUAUAAAGUGACCACGAAGACCUCCAUGUCCCUGUUCAAGCAGAAGGAGUUCGUAGUUAAGCGGCGCUUCAGCGACUUUCUGGGCCUGCACAGCAAACUGGCCUCCAAGUACCUGCACGUCGGGUACAUCGUCCCCCCGGCGCCCGAGAAGAGCAUCGUGGGGAUGACCAAGGUGAAGGUGGGGAAGGAGGACCAGUCAUCCAAUGAGUUCGUGGAGAAGAGGAGAUCGGCUCUGGAGAGGUAUUUGAUGAGGACGGUGAAACAUCCCAUCCUGCUGAAGGAUCCUGACGUCCUGCAGUUCCUGGAGAGCUCAGAGUUACCGCGGGCCGUCAGCACUCAGGCUCUCAGCAGCGCCGGACUCCUCCGGAUGGUCAACAAGGCCGCCGACGCCGUCAACAAGAUGACCAUCAAGAUGAACGAGUCUGACGCCUGGUUUGAGGAGAAACAACAGCACUUUGAGAAUCUGGACGUCCAGCUGAGGAAGCUUCAUGCCAGUGUGGAGUCUCUGGUCUGUCACAGGAAAGAGCUCUCGGUCAACACGGCUCAGUUUGCCAAGUCGGCGGCCAUGUUGGGGAACAGCGAGGACCACACGGCGUUGUCUCGCGCUCUGUCCCAGCUGGCGGAGGUGGAGGAGAAGAUGGACCAGCUGCACCAGGACCAGGCCAACGCAGACUUCUACCUGUUCUCCGAGCUGCUGGGGGACUACGUGCGCCUGCUGACCGCCGUCAAGGGGGUGUUUGACCACCGGAUGAAGACGUGGCAGAAGUGGCAGGACAGUCAGAUGCUGCUGCAGAAGAAACGGGAGGCUGAAGCCAAGCUGCAGUUCACUAACAAGCCGGACAAGCUGCAGCAGGCCAAGGACGAGAUCCGAGAGGAGAUUGAAGAGCUGGAGGGAAAAGUCCAGCAGGGCGAGAGAGACUUCGAGCAAAUCUCCAAAACCAUCCGCAAGGAAGUCAGCAGGUUCGAGAAAGAGCGAGUGAGGGACUUUAAAUCCAUCAUCAUCAAAUACCUGGAGUCCCUGGUUCAGACACAACAGCAGCUGAUAAAGUACUGGGAGGCCUUCCUACCCGAGGCCAAGGCCAUCUCAUAGAGUCCUCUUGUACCCGAUAGACAGUCCCAACCAGCUGCGGUCAAACUACACUACCCACAAUGCACCUGCCGUCCACCGCCUCGCCCCUCCUCCUGACUGAAGAUGAGAAGCGAGGGAGCCACUCGCAGCAGAAAUCAACACAGCACUCUUCAUUUCUUCACAGUUCGAUUCUGCGUUCAUGCUUUCUGUGCAAACCAGCGUCAGGAACUCCAGAUCAGCAGAUCCACUUCCUGACAGGAGCUUCUCUCGCUUCUUCCUGCUGUCGCUGUUUGUCUGGCUAAAAACUCAGAAUUCUGUGUCGAGUCAAGGCUCUGGUGAUGGAGUCGGUUUCUCUGUAUUUAAAGUCCCGUCAGUGAGCUGGAGGGAAGCAGGCGGCUCCUGGACGCUCAUGAGGACCGUGAAGACUCAACCCCGCAACAAACCAACCAGGCGCCAGAACAGGGUGAGACGGUGUGAUCAGACUGUUUAUGAGGGAAGAGUUUUAUCGUCAUCUUAGAACAGUAGGCUCCUCUUUACGUGGUUACCAUGGCGAUGAGGUGGCUCCUGAUUUGCUGUUGAAAUGAAGUGAAGUAUGAUUCCUAAACACGAUUAUUCAAACAUUGCGGUAAAUUUACAGCCCUUCUUUCUACCAUGUUCAUCGCUGAGAGAUGACGAUCCAAACAGCGAACUACGAAAAGUUGACUGAAGAUCGCACUGUGACUCACUACUGCCGCCUAUGGCACAAUAGUGGUAUUACCCUCAUUAUCUGGACUCAUUUGACUGAAUAACAUCCAUUCGAUGAUCCCUUUAAACCAGAGUAGCUGUAAAUCUCCUGACCUGUGAUUUGUCUUUCUUCGCGGCCGAUGAGCGUCCUUUACAUGCAGAAAUGUCUGAUCUCUGACUUCAGCCUUCUGUUUCCCUCCUGUAUCCGUCCCCUGCGGUCCGAAGUGGGCUGCUGUUCGAAGCUUUUCAUUUUCGCCAGGAUGAAAUUCUGAUUUUUAUGUCUUGGUUCCAAACCAGCAAUGUGAAAAAAGAAAGACCCUGCUGGCCCAUCCUGCCCACCACUCCCUCUGCGGGCCUCGGGCUGAAGGUGUGGGGGUUUACUGAACCUGAGCUGUGAUGAAGGACUGGGAAGCUGUGUUUCCUGUCAGCUGAUGGGCCCCUGCACUUCCUGUCUCACCUUUCAAAAUGAGAGUUGCUGUAUGAUCGAGAGUGAAGGCAACUCUCUUCUGAUGAGAGCAACGGAGCGAGGUCCGUUGACCACUCUGCUCUGAAAACACAGAUUGAAGCUCCAGUUGCCGAAGAUCCGAUUGUCAGAAUGUGACUGUGUUACUGCGUCCAGUAAGGAUGCCAGUGUUGGCAUCACUGUGUGUGUGUGUGUGUGUGUGUGUGUGUGUGCGUGUGCGCGUGCGCGCGUGCGUGUGUGUAAAACAUGGAUCAGAACACAAUCUGUCAGCUGGUUGGAACGCAGCCUGCAGGAGGAAGUGUGAGGGUGUCAGGUGACAGGAAGGGGUGGGGCUAAGCAUCCAGGCUCCGCCUCACUCACACUGUGACCAAUGAGGACACAAAUCCAGAAUGUGUUUCGGACUUUUUUUUCUUUAAUUCACACACAUUUCAUUCAGCUUUAUUCCACAAAUCAUAAAUGUGAGUUUUUUAAAUAAUUUCUUUGAUUGAAGCUGGAAUGAAACUGGAAUUUUUCUUCUGUUUGAACUUAUUUCCUUGAAUCAGCAUGUCUGAAAUCACCUUGUUGUUUUGUUUUAUUGCCAUCAGAUGAUGUUUAAUGAUCCCGAACUUUGAGUUAAUUUUAUUUUCACAGCUUUCUGAAUUUUUUUUUUUUUUUUUUUUUUUUUUACGAAGUUGUUUGCUUUGGAUGUAAGAUUCCUGCAGAUGUUUGACCACUU